AGGGACACCACAGACAGAGCGGUUCUUGUACAAAUGGCAAGAGUUUUGACUUUUUGCUCCACGGUUCUGACUGUGUUAGGGCUGAGCCAGUCCGCCACCAGGACCUAUUACAUCGGGAUUCGAGAGCAAUACUGGAAUUACGCUCCCAGUGAGAGGAAUCUAAUCACUGACGUUGCUAUCAAGCAUGACAAUCCAAACCGGAUUGGUAGUGUGUAUAAAAAAGCUGUGUAUAAACAGUACACAGAUAGGACUUUCACCAUCGAGGUGCCUAAACCGGAAUGGCUGGGAUUCCUUGGACCUGUGAUCCGUGCAGAAGUGGGUGAUGACAUUGAGGUGCACAUGAAGAACUUUGCAUCUCGGCCUUAUUCAAUCCAUCCACAUGGAAUCCUCUACAAGAAGGACGCUGAAGGUGCAUGGUAUCCGGAUGGUACAUCUGGUGGGAAUAAGAGUGAUGAUGCUGUGGAUACAGGACAAGUCUACACAUACAGAUGGAAGGUGACAGAAAUGUUUGCUCCUACGGAGUCUGACUCUAAAUGUCUUACAUCAAUGUAUCACUCUCAUGUAAACGCACCGAAAGACAUAGCAGCAGGACUCAUUGGAGUGCUGCUCAUCUGCAAGAAGGGAGCUCUGGACCCAACUGGACUUCACCAAUCGGGCAUGCCUCAUGAGUUUUUCUUGAUGUUCAGUGCAGUGGAUGAAAAUCUUAGUUGGUAUCUUGAAGAAAACAUUAACAAAUUCUGCCCUGAAGCUACUCAUCUGAGAGAAGAUACAGAGUUUCACCAUUCAAACCAGAUGCACUCAAUAAACGGUUUUGCUUAUGGCAACUUGCCAACACUGGAAGUAUGUCUCAGAAGCCCUGUGUUCUGGCAUCUUUUUGGUAUUGGGAAUGAGAUAGAUCUUCACUCCAUUCACUUCCAUGGCCACACCCUGCUCAACCAAGGUCACCGUACUGAUGUCCUCAGUGUAUUUCCUGCCACGUCAGUCACUGCCAAAAUGGAUCCCAUGACAACUGGGAAGUGGUUGUUCGGGUGUCAAGUUGAUGAUCACAUGCAUGCAGGUAUGCAGGGCUUUUAUGAGGUCUCUUCAUGUGGAAAUACUGCACCCACAGUGCCCAGUGCUGGGCAUGUCAGGCGUUACUACAUUGCUGCAGAGGAGAUACUUUGGGAAUACGCCCCCUCAGGGAAAAACAGACUGACCAACAGACCACUAAAUGAAAAAGACAGUGACUCUGAAGAAUUCUUCAGUACAGAUGAUGGAAAGCUGGGAGGAAAGUACUGGAAGGUCAGAUACACUGAGUACCACGAUGACACCUUUACUUCCAAAAUCGAGCAAAGUGGUUCAGAAAAACACCUAGGCAUUCUGGGUCCUGUCAUUAGGGGAGAACCUGGUGAUGUCAUUGAGGUGACAUUUCGAAAUAAGGCACGUCGUAACUUCAGUAUGCAACCUCAUGGCGUGUCAUAUGACAAAGCUUACGAAGGAGUCAUAUAUCAGGAUGGUUCUCAGAAAGCAGGGGCCAGUGUGGCGCCAGGUCAGACGUUUCCAUAUCGUUGGCGGGUGACAGAAGGCCCCUCGCCCAGUGACCCACCCUGCCUGUCAUAUUUGUAUUACUCCGGUACAGAUCCUGUUCCUGACACCAGCUCUGGUUUGGUGGGACCGUUACAGGUGUGCAGGAAAGGAGUUCUGGAUGAGAGUGGUCGACAGCAUAUAGGGUCGGAGGUGCAGAAAGAGUUUUUCCUUCUUUUCACUGUGAUGGAUGAAAACAAAAGCUGGUAUCUGCAGAAGAAUAUUGAAGCGUUUGGUAGUGAUGAGUCAGACCCAGAAGACUCAGGAUUUCAGGAGAGCAAUAAAAUGAGCUCGGUGAAUGGCUUCAUGUAUGGAAACCUUCCUGACCUUGAUUUGUGUGAGGGGGACCAUGUUGUGUGGCACUUGCUGGGGUUGGGCUCAGUGAAUCUCUUUGGCGUUUACUUCCAGGGCAACACGUUUCAGCUGGAUACCACUACACGUGACACACUCACUCUCUUCCCUCACUCCAGUGUCACCGUCUCCAUGACACCUGAUAAUGAUGGUCUUUUUGAGCUGAGCUGUCUGACAGCUUCCUACUACCGUGGUGGCAUGUGGCAGCUGUACACUGUCAAACGCUGCACAUCGAGUCAGAACCCUGGUUCAGAAGUUACGACCUUUCAGCCCGACGUGUAUUUCUACUUGGCUGCUGAAGAAAUGGAGUGGAAUUAUGCCCCAAACCGAACAUGGGAGUUGGAGAAACUUAACACUACGCUCAACAAAAGCUCUGGAAGUGUUUACCUCACAAAAUCAGAGAAAUCUAUUGGGUCUGUAUACAGAAAGGUGGUCUACCGCAAAUACAAGGAUGCGACCUUCACAGAACAGGAUGUCAGUGGUUCUGAUGAAGAGCAUUUAGGCAUUCUGGGUCCCAUUCUCAGGGUGCAAGUUGGUGAGAAGGUCCAGGUUGUGUUUAAGAACAAUGCCACUAUCCCCUAUUCAGUUCACGCUCAUGGAGUGAAGACCAGUAAUGCUCAACCUGUUUCUCCAGGUAACACAACAACGUAUAACUGGACUAUCAGUUCAGGUCCUGGACCCACUGAGUCAAAUUGCAAAACCUAUGCCUAUUACUCAUCAGUGAACUUUCUGAAGGAUUUGGCGAGUGGCUUGGUCGGGCCAUUGGUGGUGUGUCGUAAGGGGACUCUGAAUGAAAGCAGACGGCGAAAUGACGUGGAUAAAGAAUUUGCUCUGCUCUUCAUGGUGUUUGAUGAGAAUGAAUCGUGGUAUCUGCAGGAAAAUAUAAAAAUUUACCUGAACAAAGACCCUAAUACUUUUGACACGAAUGAUCACCAUUUUCUGGAGAGUAACAUGAUGCAUAGUAUUAAUGGAAAGCUGUAUGCUAACCUGCAUGGUUUGAAGAUGCAGGAGGGAGAUCGGACUGAGUGGUAUUUAAUGGCACUGGGGAAUGAAGAAGAUAUGCACACAGUACACUUUCACAGUCAGAGCUUCAUAUACAAGACGGAUCAGCCCCAUAGAGCUGAUGUGUAUACCUUGUUCCCUGGAACCUUUAAGACUGUUGAAUUACAAGCAGGAGCUCCAGGAACAUGGCUCAUCCAUUGCCAUGUGUCAGACCACAUCGACGCCGGCAUGGAGACAACCUUCACCAUCGAAGCUGCAAAAUCCAAAGCUUGGACAAAUGGCAUUGUGUUUCUGCAGUGGUUUUGCCAAAUACUGCUCACCAUCACGCCCGCCUUCUGGCUCCAUUAACUCAGCAGAGGAUGGUUUUCACUUAACCACUACCUGUGAAGUUCUAUUUAUUAAGUUUUAUUUAGUUUUUAAUAGUUUUUUUUUACAAGUGACACUGUACAUUUAGCACUUUUUUAUUAGGCUUUUCUUCUUUAUAGCAGAGACUAGUUACAUUAUAAGACAUUAUGUACUGAAGAAAUAGUUAUCAGUGUAGUGUAUCGUGCAAUGAGUGGAACAUCCACAAUGUAAGUACUGUACUGAAAGAUUUAAGACUUGACACACUUCUCAGGAGACCUACUUGGCCACAUGUGCCUUCAAAUUUUCAACUGGUCCAAAAAUAUUUUUAUAAUGGGUACAAUUGCACUACUGAUAUUUUUUAUCCAUUAGGUUCACUUCUAUGCAGAGUGUAAAUGGAUUAAAUUUCUUUGUGACCAUCAUAAACUGUCAUGUCAGGGGUUUUUUUUCGGGCGGGGGGUGGGGUAGGAGGUGUCCUGGUUUUAUUUACAAAAGAAAAUCGAAGCAUGCGUGGGUUUUACAGUACAGCAAAAUUCAGAUCACAGAAAAUUUAAUUCUGUGCUUUCAAACGUUAUUUUCAACAUGUUUAUUUCCAGAUCUAGUUUUAGUUAGACUGGAUAACAUUUUUGCUCUCUAGGAUGCCCCUGCAAUCAUCCCCAGUCAUGAUGGUAUCAUCCCCGACUUCCCCACCUUUAGGGCACGCCUCAAUGUGAAAUAUUCCUGCAGUGAGGUUAGUGGCAGACACAAAACUUAGACCUCCGUGCACAAACACUUACAGAUUAGUUUGAAUAAAACCACUUUUUAAUUUCAUAUUUUCAUGGUGUCAUCCUUGAAGUUUCAGAUGUCACCGUCCAAC